CAAGGGGACAAAACUACGAUAGGUGAAUAAAUCAAACUCAUUUUUGCUUAGUCUUAAUUAAGUCGCGAAAAGUGAAGGUUUAAAUAGUGAUUUCAUCGUAAAAAUUAUGAUUAACUAACAGUUCGCUUAUCGAGGUGUACAAUGAUAACAAAUAUGUGACGAAAAUAUUGUUUUGAAGCUACAUUUUAAGAAAAUAAUAACUUGUUGUUUGAAAGAAGGCAUAAAGUAAAAAAAGAGAAGAAUAAAAUUCAAAAAUAGAAGUUUAAAAUAAAAGAAAUAAAAAUAUAUAACUAGAAAAAGUCGUCGUUAUAUUAAAAUUAGUUAUGGAUUCAUUAAGAAAAUGGCUUAAUAAACCAAAGGCUGAUGAUAAAUCUCUCUUAGCGAGAUUUUAUCAUGCAGAUCGUGGCUUGACUGCUGUUGCAAAUGAAUUAGAUAGCUUUGAUGGUCGUUCAGAACCGGAAAGAUGUUCACGUUUAGUAUCAAAAUUGAGACAAGAACAGGAUCGUGUUCUUGGAAUAAUCAAUCAAAUAAUGGACGAACUUUUGGGGGAAGAUCGAGCGUGUCGUGCAUUUCGUGCCAAAUUUCCAGAAGAAGUUUUACAAGAGAGUUUAGCAGGUCAGCUUUGGUUUGGUGCUGAAUGCUUGUCAGCCGGCUCAGCAAUUCUCAAUCGUGAAGUUGAAAGUGCAGAAAUGCGUCCAUUGGCAAAAGCUGUCACAAAAUCUCUUGACAAUGUCAGAAAUUUACUACGCGAUCAGUGCCUUCGUAACAACACACCAAACUCACCAAUUCUAAAAUUAGACAUCAACGAUCAGUCAACAGAAACACUUUAUGAGUCGCUGAAGAUUUUCGAUCGUUUAUUUGCGGAGUUUGAGCUGCUAUAUGUCAGUGCAAUGGUGCAAGUAAAGACGAAGCAAGAACACGAAAUUCAAGAAUUAAUUUGCGUCUUAUUUUCCGAGACACUCCAAAGAGCUUUAAAACUUGGCAUUUUGGAACAAGAACAAGUCGAUUCUUAUGAUCCAUCACUCAUGUUCUCCAUUCCACGUCUUGCAAUUAUCAGCGGUCUCAUCAUAUUCAACAAUGGACCACUCAACAUGGAUCAACCAACUGACCAACUGUCAGAAAUGUUUCGUCCUUUUCGAAAGCUUCUUGUGAAAAUGCGCGACUAUCUUCGAACGUUAAACAAGAAUGAGCUGUUUCAAUUGGAGAAAUUGUUGUGUACAAACGAGGAAAUCAAUUUGACACAAACAUCACCAGACGAUAAUGCGCCACAAUGCAGCGAAGAAACAAAAAAAUUAUCGACAACAAAUGUUACAAUUGUGCCGAAUAAUGACACAAAUACGACAAAUAAAAGCAAUGAAAACUUUUACUCAAUAGAAAAAGGUUCGAAGAACGACGAGUGGGUGGCUGAUGAGUCUGAAGCUGUCGUCGAAGAGGGAGGUGAAGAAGAAACAACGAGUAAUUAUGAGAAUCUUGGAACAGCUGAUUGCGCAACAGGUUAUCUCGUGCCAAACACAAAUCUUGGGAAUCUCUUGCAACCAAAUGUAGCGCCACUAACGUACAAUAUCAUAUCAAACGAAAUCCAAGCGGCAAUCGAAGCGAACAGAAAUGAGGAAAGAACGACAACGAACCAAGAUAGUGGAAUGGGGACAGGUGAUAAUGGAAGUUUAGAUCGAAGUCCUGAGCAAGAGAACACAAAUGUACUGACUGGACAAUAUGACGAGAAUUGGGAGAAUUUAAGAAAAAUUGUGGAGCCGAGCUCGAGUAAAAUGUCAACUGAAAAUCUUCUUCAUCGUUUAUUUGUUUGCAUUGCUGGAGUCGCUGAUCAACUUCAAACCAACUUUGCAGCUGAUCUCCGUCAAAUUCUUCGCGCUGUCUUUCUCAUUAAUUGCACACAAGAAGAAGAAGAAAAACCAGCAAUUAUUGACGACACAAAAUCAAAGGAUAAUCAACAAGAUUUGUUUGAGUUUAGAGCAAGUGAAGAGAAUGUUAUUCGUCAGAGUAAUAGCAAUCAAGGAUCUAUUGGAUCGCAGCAAAGCAUUUGUUCAGCUGAAGAAGUUAAUCCUGAGUCAGAUGACGCCGUUUUUGAAGAGGAGGAAGAGGAUGAUGAAGAAGACGAUGAGGGGGAGUUGGGAGAUGGAAUUAUCAAGACACGAGACGAUAAUGAUAUUGAAAGAAGUCGAAAGCGACGUCACAAUCGAUUGUGCAGACUUUGCCUCAAGCCUGAAAAUGGAGAAAGUUUUUCUCAUAUUUUUACCGAGAACAACAAAAAUGCGGUGACAAUUUUUUUAUUGACCGGAAUUAAGGUGGAAGAUAACAGUCAAGCUCUGAUGUGUAAUCAAUGUUCAAUUAGUCUUUUUGAAGCUGACGGGUUUAGAUUACAAUGCUUGGAAGCUGAUAAAUAUUUUCAAAAUCUUGAAGUGAACAUCAAGAAUGAUUUUAAACCAUCAGAAUUUUGCAUCUACAUAGAAGAGUCAAAUACUUGUGAUGAUGAAACAAAAGAGUUUCUUGAACAAGAUCAACAUAACGUUUUACAAAUGAAAGUGAGUGAUGAAAAGUUCACGAAACAAACGAAAGGAAAGAAUUUGAAGCAAAACCAGUCGCGCCAAACACGUCAACAUGAACUUCAUACUUCCGUCAAAAAGCUUUCUGUUGGUAAAAUAUUUAUUUGUGAUCUCUGUGCAGAUAUUUUUAAAAGUAAACAAUCAUUUCGGAAUCAUUUUAAUCGUUCUCACACUUUAAAAUCCGAAGUUUUUCCUUGUUCUAUAUGCGGUAAAAUUCUUCCACAUCAGAAAGCUCUUUAUGCUCAUGAAAGAAUUCAUGUGAAAUCUGAAGUUUGCUGUCAGUAUUGUUCUAAAAUUUUCGACAGAAAAGUUCUUCUAAGUUCACAUAUUGCAAUCGUUCAUCACAAAAAGAGAAUAAGUCAGUGUCAGUACUGUCCGCAUCAAGCUGUCACUGGUGGUGCAUUGAGAAAACAUAUUCGAUGUAAGCAUUUGAAUCUUCGUCAACAUCAUUGUGAUUGGCCAGAAUGUGGAAAAUCUUUUCAUGAAAGGCAACAUCUGCUAAGGCACCACAGAUCACAUACCAAUGAACGACCAUUUGAAUGUAGACUUGAAGGAUGUGAUAAAGCUUUCAGAGAUCAUGCAAAACGUAAUCGACAUGAGAAGCAGAAUUGCCCUCGAAGACAUGAUUAAUCUUUUUUUUGUCAAUUCUCUUUAAAAAUUUCUCUCCAGCAUUAAUUCUCUUAAGACAGUCAUGAAAAAAGAAAUCAGAAAAUAUAAUAAAAUGAUAAGAAAUUU